CACCGUUGGCGACUCCAAUUCAAGCUUUUUCUCACAUUUGCAUUUUGAAUUCUAAGAAGCCUUCUGAUUAUAGAUUAUGAGACUGUUGCCUCACUAAGUCCAUUUCAGUUACAGAGAGAGAGAGAGAGAUAGUGAGAGAAAUGGAGAGGCAGAGGAGUUUCUCUGCCAAGUCCACAAGAGUCUUAGCAUUGAUUAUUACAACAGUCUCUUCCGCCAUUGUUUUCUUAAGUUUCUUCUCCAUUUCCUUAAUCAAAUCCAACUCUUCUCUUUACCCAACGACAGAAGCUAACUUCCAGAUCGCUUUAAGCCCUGCGGGAGCCAUUUCCGAGACUAUCAGCAUCCGUAGCUCCAUCUCCGAUUCUUCAGUUUCUCCUCAGGCAACCCCGUUUCUGAGCCCUACCCAGUUCAGCCCGCCCGAAAACACUUCCGGGUCCGCGAAAGAUCCGGGUUUUGAGCAGAAGACUCGCGGCGAGAGUUUGGUUAAGGAAGAUAAGGUCAUUGCUAACUUAACUUCAGUAGAAGUGAUUCAACUUCCGAGCAACAAUGGUGAAGAGGAAAAGAAGAAGAGAAUCGAAGAGUGUGAUGUUACGAAAGGGAAAUGGGUUUACGACAGUGACUUUCCAUUGUACACAAAUGCGACUUGUCCGUUUAUCGAUGAAGGAUUCGGUUGUCAAAGCAACGGAAGAUUGGAUCUUAAUUACAUGAAAUGGAGAUGGGAGCCUCAUGAUUGCGAUGCUCCAAGGUUCAAUGCUACAAAAAUGCUGGAAAUGAUAAGAGGGAAAAGGCUAGUGUUCGUUGGAGAUUCAAUCAACAGAAACCAGUGGGAAUCUAUGCUAUGUAUGUUGUUUCAAGCUGUUAAAGAUCCCAAGAGAGUCUACGAAACGCACAACCGUAGAAUCACCAAAGAGAAAGGGAAUUACAGCUUCCGUUUCCUGGAUUACAAAUGCACUGUGGAAUUCUACGUUACUCAUUUCUUGGUUCGUGAGGGUAAAGCAAGAAUUGGAAAGAAGCGAAGAGAAACACUUAGAAUCGAUGCUAUGGAUCGAACCUCUUCCAGAUGGAAAGGUGCUAAUAUCUUAGUGUUCAAUACAGCACAUUGGUGGUCUCACUACAAAACCAAAUCCGGGAUCAACUAUUACCAAGAAGGAAACGAUAUCCAUCCAAAGCUUGAUGUAUCGACCGCUUUCAAGAAAGCUUUGCAAACUUGGUCAUCAUGGGUUGACAAAAAUGUCGAUUCAAAGAAAACCCGAGUUUUCUUUAGAAGCGCAGCACCUUCUCAUUUCAGUGGAGGAGAAUGGAACUCAGGAGGUCAUUGUAGAGAAGCCAACAAGCUGUUGAACCAAACCUUCAAACCGAGUUACUCUGGCAAAAACAUGAUUGUUGAGGAAGUACUAAACCAGAUGAAAACACCGGUUACUCUCUUGAACGUUAGCGGUUUAUCUCAGUACAGAAUUGAUGCUCACCCUUCUAUCUUCGGAACAAAACCCGAAAACCGGCGUUCACCACCUGUUCAAGAUUGCAGUCAUUGGUGUCUCCCUGGUGUUCCUGAUACUUGGAACCACUUCCUUUACCUCCAUUUGCUACAUAAACGAUAAAAUACAGUAACAAACUAAAAGCUUUGAAUUACUUCUUCACAACUUUGUUUAUUGUAGGGGUGCUUAAUCUUAAUCUGGUUUAACCACAACCAUCAGAAAACGAAAACCAAAGCUUUUUUUUUUCAUAUUUGACGUACUGUAACAAUAACUAAUUCAGAAGAUAAAUAA